UAAUUUGGUGUCAAGGAUGGCCUCUAGUAACACCUAUUGGCGAAGUUAUACUUCAUUUGGGGGGCCUUGAUGACGAUCAAGUUAAAUCUGCAGAAAUAUAUUUAUGCGUUAAAACAGUUGAAACGAAUAAAGAACCUCAAUUGUGUGCCGUUUGGCGUACGCCAACAGAGCACCCUUUAAUCGAUACAUUAACAACAACAGCAACUACUGCUAUAACAAGAACAGCCACAAAAGCUGCAGCAGCAGCAACAACAACAACUGCAGCAACUUUAGAAUCAGGGUCAACUUUGAAAAGUUGUCAACUUGAUUACCAAGAUCACACAUUGUACCUGAGCACAUUAGCACUCGAAAUGUUAAGUGACGAUUUGCCACAACUCCUACAGAACCUACUGAUAGGCGUGGAGAAUAGUCUUGAGCGUUUAUCGCUCAAUCAGCUGCCACAAAUACCAUUUAAUGGCGGUGAUAAUAAUUCAUCUGUCAACACAACGGCAUCCGCUCCGCCAUCAUCAUUAUCAUCAACAUCAUUGCUAUCGUCGUCAUUAAAAGAUGAGAAAAAUCAUUAUGGUACGACGCUUAAUGGUAGACUCCAAUUGCCAAAUUCACCGAAAUGUGCUUUAAGACGCAGUGAAUUAAUUACCAAAAAUAAAUUACACAACAACAAAUAUAUGCUGCGACGUUUGACCAAUCGUCAGGAUAGUAUGAAUUCAACGUCGUCGGGUAAUAGCAGUGCCAGUGGUUUGAGUACCGCUUCAAGUGAUAGCGAUUCUUAUGCCAAAAGUCAUCUUCUACUAAACACCAACAAUACCAGAAACAUUAACAAUAACAUCAGCAACAUCAGCAACAUCAAAAGCACCAGCAACAACAAUAAUAAUAACAAUAAUAGCCAUAAAAUAAUUACAACAGCAAUAACAACUACAACUACAGCAACAAUACCACAAACUGAAACCAAAACCAAUGAACUGAAUUCACCUGCCUUGCCAAGAUUUUGUUUGGGUAAUUCAUUUCCCCACAUUGACAGUGAUGAAGAGAAUACCGAAGAUAAACGCAAUUCAUUAACUGACGAUCAAGUAGAAAGUGAAAUUAUACCGCCAAAUUUAAUUACCGAUUUACCCGAAAAACUACUUUUAUCUGGCAUCUAUUUACCUGGAACGUGUGAUUUAAAAGGAAAUCCGUUAGUUACAGUGGAUGCCGAAAGUGUUGUUAAUGCUGGCCUAAAUUGUUAUGAAAUUGCAACGUUGCUUUUGUACUACAGUACAAUACCGGAAAGCAGCAAUCAUUUAAAUGGUAAGACGAUAUCAAAUGCAGCUCAAAGAUCACAAGCAACAAUAGCAGCAAUACAACCAGCAACAUCAGCACCACCAGCACCAUUACAGCAAUCAAAUCAAUUAACAACAUCACAAUAUGCAGCAACAAAUACACAAUUGUCAACGAAAACAACGGUGACAACAUCUACAAAAGCAACAUGUACCUCCUUAAAUGACAACAACAACAUCAGCAUGCAACAACAACAACAAAAACAUCAACCAACUGAACAUUUACAAACACAGCAGCAACAAGUAACAUUUACAAUUUUAAUUGCCAUCGAAAAAUCGCAACACCUGUGCGUAAUCGAUUUAAUUAGCCAAAGUUUAAAACUCCUAACACGGCACAUUGCGUAUUGUGAAUUACUUGCCAUUUGUCUCGAUACCAAUUUACUGCCAACUUCAAAUAAAAAUGUAAACGCUGACGACAAUGUUAUCGAUGCCAGCACCUCUAGCAGCAGCAGCAGCAGCAGUGAACUUACAGCCACCACCAAUUUAACUGAAACUCCAAAGGCAACUGAUACAAAUGGCAAUCACUGCAGUAAUAAGAAAUCUCAAACACAUACGAUCAAAUUCAUUAGUAUUGAUGAAGUCACGACAAGUGUUGCACCAUCUCAGACACCUAGUGGACGUCUAUGUGGUUUACAUCAUCAUGACGCACGGAAGUGGCGUGAUUUCUUCAUGCAAUAUGAACCAUUUUAUAAUCAGUGUACGGGUGCAGCACAUCGUUUGGUGGCUGCUUUAAAUGACAUACGCUGUGCUGACCUACAAGGUUUGCCAACCAGGCGUCAGUUGUAUGCUCAACAUAGAGCCUUAAGUCGUGCACUUAUGGAUUCUGAAUUGCAUAAUUUGCGCAAACGUAGUACAGCCACCAUGAUACGGCUGCAGGAAUUGGCGAAAACUAUUAACAACAGCCACAUUAAUAAUAGCAGUAGCGGUAGUUGUAGUGGAAGUGGAACUGGCGGUGGUUAUGGUGGCAGUCUCAAGACCACAGCAACUCUUUGUAGCAGUAGCGGCAGUUUAUACAAUCGUAACAAGAUCAUGGGUAGCGGUAGCAGCAGUUAUAGCUUUAAUUACCAAAGCAACCAAAAUCAAAGUCAGAUUAGUCACAAUAUUUCAACAAUAGCAACCAAAUCAUCAUCAUCAUCAAAACAAGCAGCAGCAACAGCAACAUUAUUACAAACCCAAAUAACCACAACAACAUCAGCAAAUCCCAUCAUUAAGUCAUCCAUUUAUUCAUCCAACUCACAAACAUCUUCUACCACCACAGCUAGUCGUGUAAGCGCCAAUUAUACCAGCAACAACAACAGCAGCAGCAACUUUAUCCACAACAACAACAAUAAUAAUCACAACGUGGCAACAACAACAACGACCAUUGGUAACAUUGAUGUUGCAAUUAGACUACAGAAGGUAACAUUAUUAUUCAAUGAAAUUGAUCGUGCCGCCAAGCGUCUGGAACAACUCACCGAACAACGUCGCGAACAUUUACGCGAAUUAACACGCCAACGUGCUCUUGAAGAUGAAAUUAAUGAGGUAACUUCUUGGAUAACCAGUGAUGGCAGUGAGUCUCUGCAACGAUUUAUAAACUUGGAACUGGAUUUUGAUACACCCAUGAAGGAACUUGAACAUGAAUUUGAAAAAUACUACUUUAUAUCAAUGAAACAUUUAGCCAAAGGUCGAGAUCUACAUUUAGCAGCUGCCUGCAUGGAAUCUCUCAAAGAAAGCUCUAUCAAUUUGAAGAAAGCUCUCGAUAACUUUGCGGAAAAACUGGAAAUUGCUCGUGAACGCAUAGAGGGAGCCACACGCUUAUAUCAUCUCAUACAUCUGCAUAUGUUGGAUGAUAAUAUGCAACACGAAAUGGAACGUUUAGCCGGACAAUAUGGCACAAAGGGACUUCUAGAGAAAUAUCUCGAAAGAGAAAAUGAGAGAUUAAAACCAAAACCGGAUAGUUUGAAUUUGCACAUCAAUCACAAUAGUAUGCAGAAGACGAUAACACAAAUGGUAACGAGUACGCCGGAUACAAGUAAAAUGCGUGGCAUAAGUCAUAGAUCGAGUUAUGGUACGGGUUCGUUUGAGAGUCCUACGUGUCAGUGUUGGCGUGAUAGUCGAAAUCUAGAUGAAAUGGAUGAAAUGUUGGAUAAUGAUGAGGAAGAAGGACGAUCGAAAAUAGCCGAUUCGGGGGUAGGGGAAUGUCAACGUUGUGAGGGGAAUCCGAAAUUCACCAGAGUGUGUUCAUGCCAAAGUCUCAACGAGGAAUCGGAGAAUUUAUAUGAAAAACAUGAUGAACUCGAUGAUGAAUGCUUCGAGCAACCAUCUAAACAUUAUAUUAAUGUCCAUUCACCCUGGGAGGCCAACAAACAUUUACAAUGUUUUGCUUCCACCUUCGAAUUGCCCAAAUUGGAAGAACUCAGCUGCUUAGAUCCAAAAAUACAAAAAACGCUCCUAUUGAUCAUGCGCGAGAUGAUUGGCACGGAACGUGAUUAUGUACGUUCAUUGUAUUAUGUCAUUGAAAACUAUAUUGAUGAAUUGCUGCGCGAUGAUAUACCACAAUCGAUGCGCGGUCAACGUAACGUUAUCUUUGGUAAUAUUGAGAAGAUUUUCGAAUUCCAUAAUAAUCAUUUUCUAGAGGAACUGGAACGUUAUGAACACAGUCCUUUGAAAGUUGGUGCCGCCUUCCUGCAAAUGGAAUCGAAAUUUUAUUUAUAUGCUUUAUAUAAUAAAAAUAAACCAAAAAGUGAUACCUUGAUGAGUGAAUAUGGAACUGCUUUCUUUAAGACUAAACAAAUUGAACUAAAUGAUAAAAUGGACUUGGCUUCCUAUCUGCUAAAGCCAGUGCAACGUAUGGGUAAAUAUGCUUUACUAUUGCAGCAACUGGUAAAAGCCUGUAGCACAGUACAGGGCUCCGCUUUACAAGAAAUAGCUGCCGACGUUGAAGAAUUGCAAAAAGCCGAAGAAAUGGUUAAAUUUCAGUUACGACAUGGCAACGACUUACUGGCCAUGGAUUCACUGAGAGACUGUGAUGUGAAUGUCAAAGAACAGGGACGUCUCUUGAGACAAAAUGAGUUUUUAGUGUGGCAGGGCAGGGGAGGUAAGAAAACUCUACGACAAAUAUUUCUAUUCGAAGAAUUGGUAUUAUUCAGUAAAGCCCGAAGAUUUCCGGACCAUAAGAAUCUUGAUAUAUAUAUUUACAAGAAUAGUAUUAAGACUUCGGAUAUUGGUUUAACUGCUCAUGUGGGUGAUUCGCCUACGAAAUUUGAAAUUUGGUUUAGAAAACGUAAACCCGAAGACACGUUUACCCUGCAAUGCAUGUCAGAGGAUAUCAAAAAUGCCUGGACUGAGGAAAUUUCCAAGCUGUUGUGGCAACAGGCGAAAAGAAAUCGAGAAAUUCGCCUGGCUGAAAUGUCCUCAAUGGGCAUUGGUAGUAAACCUUGUUUGGAUAUAAGACCCAGUAAUAAUCAAAUUAAUGAUCGCUCCAUUACCAUUACGCAAUUAGGAAAAGCCCCCAAGUUACGUCAUUCAUUUGUGGGCUUGCACACCGAUCAAAUAAAAACUUCACGACGUCCCAACUCCCUAAUAUCGGAAAGUUCAUUGUCUAGUGGCACUAGCAGCUCUUCACUUAGUAAAUCCUCAACUUCAUCAUCAUCGUCAUCUGCCCACCAUCACAACCACCCUCACAGUCACCAGCAUCUUAGUAGUCAAACACAUCAGCAGCAUCAUCAUCACACCAAUCCCGGUCUUGAGCUUAUUAAUGAAUGUCAAACCCUCGCCUUAGAGAACAGUAAUGACAGCUGCAACAGACCCCAACAGCUGAUGAUGACAAACACUAUGAGCAGUGGUUUUAGUAGUCAGAGUGGUGGCGGAACUUUGAAUUCCAGGCAUCGUAAUCAUCAUAAACGUUCGACAACUAUCGUUAGUCAACUAUCAAUGGAAAGUGGUAUAAUAUCUGAUAUAUGCAUGACACCCGAUCAGGAUAAUAACGAUGUAUUAACAACAUGGCCCUCCCAUCCAACAGAUGCCAUAGUAUCCCCCACAACCGGUGCUCAGAAAUACACACUCAAAUGUCAUUCAUCAAAUACGUUGGGUAAGAAAGUGGACCAACAUUACCAUCAUCAUCACCAUCAUCUGCAUCCACAACAUCAGCAAUACAAGGAAUUGAAAUCGGAUGAAACUGUAGAACAUUCAUGUUGAACAUUUUAUAUUAUUCAAUAAAUCAAUGACCUUUAUUUAAUUAUUAAACAUUAAACAUUUUAUAUAAUAUGAAAUUAAAGCUAAAAUCAAAACAAAACAAAAAUUAUAUAUGUAUUGAAAAUUUAAGAAGAAAACAAACUCGAAUCAGUGAAUUUAUAUGUCUGCGUUUAUUUUUUUUUAUUUCAAUAACUAUUUUUUUAUUACUUUUGUCAUUAUUUAUACAUUUAUUUAUACACUUCAUUAUUGUUUAUUGAAUUAUUUUUUUGUUAUUUAUUAUUUUUAUUAUUUCUCUCGUAUAUUCAAUCAAUUUCUUUGUAUAUUUUUCUUUCGCUUAAUCUUCAAUCUUUUUCGAAAUUGAAUCUUCAAUGUAGUAAGUUAAGAGUUUUUGAAAUUUUUUAACAUGUUUUAUAAAAAUUUAUACUUAAUUGAGAAAAAAAAAUAUAAGAAAACAUUUAAUAACUAAGUUAAAAAAUUGAAUAAACUUAUUAAAAAAAAUAUAUGUAUA